AUGCUACAAGUUGUUCCUAUGGUCUUUACCGAAUCACGACACCGUCUAUGCAUGUGGCAUAUAAUGAAAAAACUACCCUCCAAGAUCUCUGCCGAUGUGCUCGAUAACACUGAUCUUCGGUCCUGCAUUCAUCCUUUGGUUUGGAAUGUUUAUAUCAAACCUGAAACGUUUGAGUCCCGCUGGAAUGACCUCCUACAAACAUUUGGGCUUCAAGACCACAGCUGGUUGAACGACAUGUACAACAUCAAACAUCUCUGGGUACCAGCCUACUUUAGAGAACUGCCCAUGUGUUGCUUGAUGAAGACCACCUCCCGCUGUGAAAGCUCUAACGCUGCCUUCAAGGUUAACUCAACAAGCGCAAACACCCUUGUACAAUUUAUGAUGUGCUUUGAAAAUAGGGUAGACAGCCAACGAUAUCGUCAACGUGUUUCGGAGUUCAAAACCUCUUCCACAAUGUUCACUGGCAGUACUGAUUUAGCGAUAGAACAACACGCGUUCGCCAUUUACACAAACGUUGUUUUCGCCCAAGUUCAAAAAGAAAUAAUUAAAGGGAAGUUUUUAUGCUACAUCACAAACCAAAGCGAGACCAGCGAUUCCAGCCUUCUGAUAGACGUCACUCAUUUGGAUAAAAGGAACAACAUCACAAACGUCUAUCAGGUUACGUAUAACAAUGUGGAUCAAUCGGCCAGUUGCUCAUGCAGGAAUUUCAUACGUAUUAGAUAUCUGUGUCGCCAUGUCUUUUGUGUCUAUCGCUUGAAAAAUGUUGAAAGGAUUCCACCACAAUACAUAAACGACAGGUGGCGCCGAGAUGCCCUCCCCAAACAUGUUUUUUCAAUUUCCAGUCGAUACCGAGUCAACCCACACGCACCGUCCGUUAUGCGGAAUGAAAUCCUCGACCUCGUUACUGAAUGCGUUGAUGUUGCUAGAACCGAUGAGGAUGCGUUGGCAAAAUUGGUUGACCAACUCAGGGAUUUCAAGAUCAAUGUUCUUUCCAGGCAACCGUUGUCAACAACUGAAAAUGAAUCAAAUGAGUCUCAAAUGGAAGAAAUAGUUGGGCAGCCAAUCAACAUUCCAGUCGAAGUUGCUAAUCCAGACGUUGCACGCAAUAAAGGAUGUGGUACUCAUACUCGCAUUUCUGGGCCCGGUGAGAAGGCCAAAGCAAAACCACCAAAACGUCCAAAGCAGCUUCGCUUAUGCAAGCGUUGUGGUCUGUAUGUCGACGACCACGACUCACGCAACUGCCUUAAGGUGGCUGCAAUGAAAGCAGCAAAGGCAGCUGCUGAACAACAAAGGCAGUCCGCCACUGGCGACUGA